AUGGCAUUAGACCUAACACGACUGCGCCAGCUGUACACGUUCUGGCGAAACCAGGCCAGAGCACAACGGCGGGCGGGCCGAGCGCGAUCGGAUUUGGAGCGACGGGCCAAGGAAGCAGCAAAGGAGUACCAUGACGCCAUACGAUGCCAGAAGAAGGCGCAUUGGGACGAUUUCCUGGCCGAAGAUGUCAACAUCUGGAAGGCGGCCAAAUAUCUCGAACCUGGAAAGGACAACAUGGGCGACAAAGUGCCACCCCUCAAGAGGGAAGACGGAUCCAUGACAGAGAGCAAGACAGAUCAAGCAGAGCAGCUGCUGAGCACUUUCUUCCCGCCUUUGCCGGCGAGGAUCGACGAGGAAGGGGAGAGACAGCAACGACGAGCGGUAUCUAUGCCGGACCUGACGCUGGAAGAGAUCGAAGUUAAAGUCAUGGCAGCGAAACCUUGGAAAGCACCUGGAGACGAUGGCGUCCCGGCGAUGGUGUGGAGACGGCUCUGGCCGGUAGUGAAGUACCGGGUGCUGACUCUCUUCGAUGCGUCGCUCAGGGACGGCACAGUGCCUCGCCAAUGGCGGAGGGCGAAAAUCAUUCCGCUCAAGAAGCCGGACAAGGGCGAUUAUACAGACGCCAAAGCGUGGCGGCCGAUAUCUCUUUUGUCAACGCUCGGGAAGAUAAUGGAAGCGGUCAUCGCUGAGCGCAUCUCUUAUGCGGUAGAGACCUACGGGCUCCUGCCUGCAAACCACUUCGGAGCGAGGAAGCGACGAUCUGCGGAGCAAGCGCUCCUAUUGCUGCAGGAACAAAUCUACAAGGCAUGGCGAGCUCGCAAGGUACUCAGCCUGAUCAGUUUCGAUGUCAAAGGCGCCUACAACGGGGUGUGCAAAGAGCGACUGCUGGCUAGGAUGAAAGCGCGAGGGAUACCGGACAGGCUGAUAAGGUGGGUUGGAGCCUUUUGCUCAGACCGAGCGGCCUCCAUAGUCGUGAACGGGCACGCAUCGGAAGUACGUAAACUGCCCCAAGCCGGCCUGCCGCAGGGGUCGCCACUAUCGCCAAUCUUGUUUCUUUUCUUCAACGCAGACCUAGUACAGCGAAGGAUUAAGGCGGAAGGCGGAUCCAUUGCCUUCAUUGACGACUACUCGGCCUGGGUGACCGGCCCGACCGCGGAGGCGAACCGGUCAGGUAUUCAGUCAAUUAUUGAAGGUGCGCUCGAGUGGGAAAAGCGCAGCGGUGCAACGUUUGAAGCGGAAAAGACGAUGGUCAUUCACUUCACGCGAGUCACGGCGCGAAACAGUGCCGAGCCGUUUCUGAUCAAAGGAAAGGACGUCAAGCCUAGAAACAGCGCAAAAAUCCUGGGAGUGGUUAUGGACGUAGGCCUGCGGUACCAGGAGCACAUGGCUAGAGCGGCCGCCAGGGGGCUUACUGCCGCCAUGUGCCUGAGAAGGUUGAAAAUGCUGUCACCAAAGGCAGUGUGUCCAAUAGUAUUUGCGAUAUGGCAAUACGUAUUACCAUAUAUUGAUAUUACCAUAUGA